GCUCAGUACACAGGGUGACGUCACGGCCCCAGGGAGUUGGCGGCAUGUGCUUUGAUCUGUGCGGCCGACCAGCAAGCUGAACUUCCCCGCUCCACAACGCUCCAAAUUCUACCUUUUCCUCGCCAUGGAAUGGAUAUACAGCGAAUUAUGAAGGAACAAAUCUGUUUGGAGCAAGUGUAGUGAGCCAACUUUCCCCUGGAUGGUGAAACUUUGUUGAGUAGGGACUGUAGUGCCCCCCUCCCACCCACCAUGAGUAUUGGUGUACAGGAAUACCUCCAGGAUACUGGGGGGAGCAAGUUCACCGAGGACUUACCCACGAGUGCACGGCCGCCAGUACCAGGCGAGGAAACCGAAUCCAACCAUGGAAGCCAGCACAGUGGCUCCAGCAACACAAAGAGUGAAUACUCCACAAAAUCAGACUACUCAAAGUCGGACUACUCGCAUUCGUCAGCGGGUACGCCCAGACGGACAAACUGUGACUUGGGAUUUGAACCAGAAGGGAGUGCAUCACCUACGCCACCGUAUCUACGCUGGGCAGAAAACCUGCAAGCAUUGCUGUCAGACAAGGAUGGUAGCCAGUUGUUUAAGUUAUACCUGGAGAAUGAAGACUCCAAACAUCUCUUGGAAUUCUACUUUGCUGUCAACGGCUUUAAAAAGAUGGAUCCCAAGGACGACAAAACACAGAGACUAGCAAAUAUUGUGUACACCAAGUAUAUCAAAGAAGGAAGAGGGACCCUCACUCAUAGAGUAAAGCCUGGGACAAAACAGUACUUAGCCAAAAAUAUUGAUUGUAAGCCAUUGGACAUAUCCAUAUUUGACCAGGCCCAGUUGGAAAUAGAAAAGUUCAUGGAGGAAAAUGCAUACAGAAUGUUCUUGGAGAGUGACAUCUACCUUCAGUACUGCAGAAAUGGUGGGGAAGUCUCGCCCAACCAAGUAGUGACGGAACUGGCGAACACGUCCGGUAAUGUGGGAAACUUGACAACGGGAGUCAUAUUGGCUCCUUUGCCAACGCUACAUGAAAAUGUCGAACUUAGUACCGAAGACACGAUGGAGACGCGGACGACGCUUCCGCUGACGGCAGAACACCUUUUUGCUACCUCACAGAUAAGGCUCAGGAGUGAGAGCAGAGACAGAGAAAGAUUGACCAGAGGAGGGAACCCGUAUCACCAGACGUACGCACCCGCACCUGCAACAUCGGCGAAUGAUUCUGAGAUCCAGAGCUUGUCCAGUGAACAGACUGAUGACACCAUGUCGCUGACGGACAGCAGCAUUGACUUAGAUGGGGUCCCCAACCUGAACCAUCGGCACAGAAGGCGGAGACAGCUGAAGGGGAUGAGACAAGACGCCCAGCGCAACGGCAACGUCAUGUGCUACCCUCCAUUUCCACAACCGAGAACUCAGAGGCUUCCCAAAGAGAUGAAAAUGAUGGAGCCAAAGAAGUUUGCAGAACUGUUAAUAGCGAAACUUGAGAGAGUGAAACAAGACCGGAGAAUGAGGAACGACUGGGAGGGAGACAGUGGUGCUAGUCAGGUAUCAGACUCUCAGGGAGCGUCAGGAUCGGACCCAGCGCAGCCCAGGCUGUUCCCGCUGAUGGACGACACCACCAGCAUCGAUGACGACCCCGAGUCUAUCCUGGACGAACACGUGUCCAGAGUACUGCAGACGCCGGGUUGUCGCUCGCCGGGCAGACACUCUCCCGUCAGACCGAAGGGUCACAUCUCAGGGGUUCCCCAUCACAUGUCGUACCCGGGCGCGCUCGCCGGCGCCGCAGGCUCGUCCUGGCACAACAGGUCACGACCGAAGGACGGUUCAAAACGGGACAGCGGCAUCGGAGACUCUUCUGUCACGGAGGCAGAGACUGUAACUCAUUACCAUAAAUAUUAUUACCAUCACCACCACCACCAUCCCAAGUCAAGGGAGGGGUUGGAGAAACAGACAGAGAUGGAAACACAGAGGAAAGUACAGAGAGACUCAGAAAUGUACACCACGCAGUCCCGGGUACACCAGGACAGCAUGGGCGGCACGGCGGAGUCCCUGCGACGGGAGGGACGGAGAGAUGUUCUGGGGAAGCGUGGCGGCGGGAGGAAAGAGGAGGGCGAACCGUUCCUGGCUCUGCCCGUGGAGACGGAUAGAUUUGGCAAGGUGUGGGACUGGAUGGAGGAAGGUGAGAGGGAGAGGUACAGAGGGGGGAUGAACAUCAGAGAGCCAAAGUCCAAACGGUCAUCCAAGACAGCUUCCCAAGCAGCCCACAGAAGCUCUGGAAAAGCAAGCUCCAGCUCCGCGAAGAAACCCUUGGCGUACAACACGUCCCGUCCAACAUCGAUGGAGCGGCCAGCGGUGACGGCAGAGGUGCGGCCCAUGCAGCCCUUCAUGCAGGACACACAGAUGCCCGUUCUGCCCCAGCCCAACCCCCUCAUCUGCUUGGAGGAAGCGCGCAGACGCUUGGUGGAGAAAGCCAACCCCAAGGCCAGCAGCAGGCAUGUUGUGGACAGUGGUGCCAGGAAGGACAAGGGCAAGCUGCCACAGUCCAAGGUCGUCCCUGCCGUGUCCGACAUGGAACCAGAAGAAGAGCCCAAGGAGAGGAAACAGCCCAUCAAGAAGCCAGCGUCUACAAUGUCCGUCUCGGGCGACAACACCGUGGUCGGGUAUUACUUCUGCGGCGAGCCCAUUCCGUACAGAACGACGCUCCCCGGGAAGGACAUCACUCUAGCUAUCUUCAAAAACAGCAUCACCAAGAGAGGAAACUACAGAUACUUCUUCAAGUGCACAUCAACAGAGUUCGGCUCCAAUGCAGUUUACCAGGAGGUGACUGAAGAUGAGGACUUGCUGCCACUAUGGGAGGGGAAGAUCGUCGGAAAGGUGGAGCGCAUAGAGUGAAAAAAAACAACUGAAGAAAGAAAAUCCUCAAAUCUUCCUGACACCUGACUGUACACAGCUUCUACCUUUCCCCAUCAGCAGGGUAUUAACAGCGUGAGUUAGGAAAGGGUUUCGUGUAGAGGCUGUUAUUUAUUUUCUCAUAUCAUGCAUGGCGCUAACGGCAAGGAAGGUAGACCUGUGGACAGUCAUGUGUCAGGGAAGAUGCAAAACUUUUGGUGCUGCUUUGUCUGAGUGACUGGCUUCUACUUGGCAAACACCCCUGCCUGUGCAAUCAGCCAUAUAUAUCUUGUUGUGCAUUGUUGCCAAGGUCGGCCUGUUCUUGUAUUGUAGGAAAGAUUAGAGAUAAUACUAGGAAGGAACCAUGGAGGGUCUGUUCUGUCCAGUGUAAACUACCAGUAGUGUCCAUGUUGUUGCAGUUGUUGAUAUUACUUUUUUCCUUUUGGAAGGCUUAUUGUUUGGUAAGUCCAAGUUCUCUGUAGAUAGUAUCACCAUGGAUUCCUGAUGUAGAUAGUACGGUCCCAGAGGAAUCAGAUGAAAUAAGGACCCCCAGCUGAUUGUUUAUGCCCCCCCCCCCCACCCUCCGGUUUCAGUCAGGCUGUAGGUAAUAUUGCUGAGCUGUGGUAAUUAUUGUAAGGUGAACAUAUUUUAUCCCGUAUGCCUGUAAGGGCUUGGAUCAUACCAAGAGAACAUAGCUAAUGUAAAGAAAUGUGUAAGAGACAAGGCUUCCUUAGACAAGGAGAAAAAAGAUGGGAAACCUGUAAACGUCUGUGAUAUAACGAUGUUGCAACUACAGAACAAACUCUCGUAUUGGCCAUAAUUGUAAACACUGGACCUCAUAUUGUACAUAACUUUUAUAUGACCAUUUCCCCUUGAUGUUCCCCUGCAAAGCCUUGUUAGGAGUUAGAUAAAACACAUCAAGUCCGAUAUAGAGUGUAGGAACACAUCUGACCAUUUCUUGCCUGUGUUACAUUUUUUCUAUUUCCCAAUGUGUGAAAAUAGUUGUACAAGAAUUGAUACCUAGGUUUCAAUUGAAACAAUAAAGGUUAUAUAUUUUUAAAGUGAAAA